AUGCUGUUAUUUGAUCUUAUUUCUCCAGAAGCGUUUGUUAAAUUGGUUGCCAGCCAAAAGGGUCGUAGAGUUGUUCCAGUCGAUUCAACAUGGUAUUUACCCAGUUGGAAGCUUGAUAAUAAACACGAUUUCUUGACCAAACCACGCAUUGCAAACUCUAUUUUCUUUGAUAUCGAUGCUAUCAGCGACCAAAGGUCACCCUAUCCACAUAUGUUCCCUGCAAAGCAGGUUUUUGAUGAUGCAAUGAGUAACUUGGGGGUCCAGAAGGAUGACAUCCUAGUAGUUUACGAUCGUGUAGGCAACUUUAGUGCUCCAAGAUGCGCUUGGACAUUGGCGGUUAUGGGACACCCUAAGGUAUAUCUGCUGAAUAAUUUCAAUACAUAUAUGGCGCUCAAUUACCCCUUAGAUUCUACUAAAAUCACUGUAUUUUCACCCCAUCCUAAGAGUCACUAUGAAUCUUUAGAGAAUUUGAAAGAUAAGGAAGUUGUGGAUUAUGAGGAAAUGUUUGAGUUGGUAAAGAGUGGGGAACUGGCCAAGAGGUUCAACGCUUUUGAUGCGAGAUCUUUAGGGAGAUUUGAAGGGACAGAGCCGGAACCACGUUCAGAUAUCUCAUCUGGGCAUAUUCCAGGCACUCAGCCAUUACCAUAUAACAAACUGCUUGAUCCGGAGACUAAAACAUAUUCGGAAGAUAGGGAAACCAUCCGUGUCACGGUGGAAAAAGCCUUGAAAGACUUGCAGUGCACUUUGGACCCAAAUAAACCUACGAUUUGCUCUUGUGGGACCGGUGUUUCAGGGGUCAUUAUCAAGACGGCUUUGGAGCUGGCCGGAAUACCAAACGUUAGGCUAUACGAUGGAUCUUGGACUGAAUGGGUCUUGAAGUCAGGCUCUGAGUGGAUUGCUAAAGAUAAGAGUUAA